UGCUUAGUUAUAAACACCUCACACUUAACUUGUUGAUUUCAAUUUCUGUGCCAAAAUUUUACCCCCAAAAUUUCCAUCAUUCUUUUUAGAUUUUCUUGAAACUCAAGAAAAAUAUAGGCUACGACAAAACCCUAAUUCUCAGUUGAAACUUGUGAUAACUUUUCUUGAUUUGAUUUAUUUUAUUUCAAUGAGGUUGAUUCUUUCAUUAUUAGAUUAAAACCCCAAUUUCAAAAAUCAUGCCCAUCUCUCGGAUUCUUGCUUCUUCUCUCCGUAAUCGGUCUGGUGAUUGUGUGAAUUCUCUUCUUCACAGAGUAAAUAUGAAGCGGCGGUUUAGUUCAUUAAUCAGCAUCUGCUGUUACUAAGCUAAAUUUGGGGUGUUGGAUUUGAUGGGGUUGUUGGAUAUGGGUAAUGGUCAUACUAGGGGGAGAUUCUUGAAUUUGGCUGUAAAAUGUGGUUUAAUAGAGCUGUGUCGAUGUAGUUGAGGAAACGGUGUACCGAAGGUCCAUAUGUUUGAGUUUGUAGAUUGAAGUUUGAUCUAUGCACCGACCCACUGGAUUACUGGCGAUUGUUGGAGCAGGCAUAUUUGUUCACUAUAAUGAUGAGAAGCGAGUUGUAUUAAAAGGUCAAGGUACUGACAGAUUGAGUUGUGAAUGCAAAGGACCUACUGUUGGAGGCCCGUUUAAUCUGAUUGAUACUGAACAUAAUUCUGUAACUGAACGCAACUUUCGAGGAAACUGGGUACUGCUCUACUUUGGGUACACAUCUUCUCCUGAUGUUGGUCCAGAAGAAGUUGAGAAAAUGGCAAAGGCCAUCAAAAUAUUAGAAUCUGAACAGGAUCUGAAGGUUAUACCCACAUUUGUUACAAUUGAUCCCGAAAGAGAUUCCCCUCGUCAACUCAAGGCUUACCUCAAGGAGUUUGAUCCCAGAAUUGUUGGAUUAACGGGAUCGAUUUGUUCAAUAAAAGAUAUGGCUCGAGAAUAUCGAAUUUUCUUCAAAAAGGUUGAGGAAGAUGGAGCAGAUUACCUCGUACAGACUUCCCAUAACAUGUACUUGUUGGAUCCAAAUUUGGAGAUUGCGAGAUGUUUUGGCUUAGAGUACACUGCUGAACAACUGUCAGAAGAAGUACUCAAGUUGACAAAAUCCCGUCCAAGUAAAGCACCUGAAAAAACACCUGACUCGUAGAUGAUAUGGCAGCCCUAUCUGACUUGGUAAGCAGAAUUCAGUUCCUCUACAUACUUGUUUUCACAGUGUUGCUGUGAAAAAACCACUGCUAUGUGCCAUCAUUCAGCUUACUUUCUAUUUUGGUUACUAAGAUAGAUAAGAACUGAACUGACACGCAUUUUGUCGUCCAAUAACAAUGAUUAACCCUCAAGUUCUAUUCUUAUGAGCAGUUGUGGAGACACAGGGCAUCUAAAUUUUGUCUUGUUCCUCCAUCUUUUGUUAUAGUGUUACAUAUAUCAGUUUAGUAUCA